GAGAGUGAAGAGAAGUGCGUGCUGUGCGGGAAGAGAGGGACUUUAAGUCACCUGCUGACAGGAUGUGCCAUAGCCCUAGGACAGGGAAGGUACAGGUGGAGACAUGACAAAGUGUUAAGGGUCCUAGCAGCCGCACUUGAGGAGAAGAGGGCACAGAUGAGAGGAAGAAAGCAGAGAAGGCUGAGGUUUGUAGAGUUCGUGAAGGAAGGAGGGAAAGGAAAAAGGAGGGGAAAGAGUGCACUAGACGAAGGUCUAGGAAUUCUGGCCACAGCAGGGGACUGGGACCUACGGGUCGACCUGGACAGGAAACUAACCUUCCCAGAGGAGAUAACAACAACGAACCAGAGACCAGACAUAGUGAUAUGGUCAGCAAAGACCAGACAGGUAGUCAUCCUAGAGCUCACUGUACCUUGGGAGGACAGGUUGGAGGAAGCAUUUGAAAGGAAAGCUGAGAAGUACAGUGAACUGAAGCAGUCCUGUAUAGAGAAAGGGUGGAAAACCUGGUAUUACCCCAUAGAAGUUGGGUGCAGAGGAUUUGUAGGACAGUCAGCAUGGAGAGGGUUAGGAGC